UUCCCACAACAUUUCCACUCCUCAAAAACGCCAAUAACCCAAACCCAAACACAAACACAACCAGACAUCUCUCAGCAACUCUCUCUCUCUCUCUGACCCCCUCCUCCCACCUGAAAACCACAUAAACUAUUUAUAAAACUCUCCCUUCAUAUUUAUAAAUUAUAAAAGACCAAACACAAGUGCAAACACAAUAACCCUUGUAGCCCAAAAAUGAGCAGGUAUGGCCGCCAAACCACCUCGCUUGUCCUGUAUUUCAACUUCCAUUUCUUCUUGUCCUUGUUCUGCUACCUUCCUCUUCCUAUGGUCUUCUCUCAACUCUCCUCAAACCAGAAAACCGCCAUGAUCAAUCUCUCCAACAACCUCAACACUCCUACUAGAGUUGUUUCAUGGGACGUCAACAAAGAACCAAACCCAUGUUUGUGGACGGGAGUUCGUUGCAAUCCCCCGACCAAUUCAUCCGUCAUCCAGAUUUCACUGGCCGGCUAUUCUCUAUCUUCCUCGGACUUUCUGCCACUCGUUUGCCGGAUUCAGUCUCUGCAGAUUCUCGAUGUGUCCCGCAACCUUCUGACCACAAUCCCACCUCCGUUUAUCUCGGAUUGUGGAAAGCUAGGCGGGUUAAAGCUGCUCAAUUUUAGUUGGAACAAUUUGAAGGCUCGUCUUCCCGAUUUUGCCGGGUUUUCGGGGUUGGAGGCUUUGGACUUUGCUGCGAAUAACUUGGAUGGAAGCAUUGACUCCGAGUUGGACGGGUUGGUCAGGCUCAGAAGCUUGAACCUCAGCUUCAACCAUUUUAUUGGGUUUGUUCCGACACGUCUCGGAAAGUUCAAGGUUUUGGAGGAGCUUGAGCUUUCUAUGAAUACGUUUGAUGGUCCUAUCCCUGCUGAACUUGUGGGAUACCAGAAUUUGACUCUGAUUGAUCUUAGCGGAAAUCGGCUUUCCGGGAGUGUUCCUGAUGGAAUCAGAGAGCUCGCCAAGUUGGAGGUUUUGAUUCUUUCGGCUAAUAGAUUAUCCGGCAGAAUCCCACAAAGCAUUUCCAAUAUCACCAGCCUCUGGAGAUUUGCAGCAAAUUCUAACAAUUUCAAUGGUUCAAUACCUGAUGGCAUUGCAAAGCAUCUGAAAAACUUGGACCUCAGUUAUAAUAGCUUGAGUGGGUCGAUUCCAUCGGACCUCUUGUCCUCGUUGAAUCUGCAUACUCUGGAUUUGUCGAAUAAUAGAUUGGAGGGACAGAUACCGGAAAUUCAAUCUCCGAGCUUGGUCAGGUUGAGACUAGGAAACAAUUCGCUUGAUGGGAAGAUACCUUCUACAGCAAGUGCAACACAUCAAAAGUUGACCUACUUGGAGCUGGAAAACAAUAACUUGACUGGAUUAAUUUCUCCUGAAUUGGGUGAUUGCCGGAAUUUGGCGCUGCUGAAUUUGGCUCACAAUCACCUGUCCGGGGCUUUACCAGCAGAUUUGGGUAACCUUGGCAGUCUUGAGGUCUUGAGACUUGAAUCGAACAAUUUGAGUGGUGGAAUUCCAAUUCAAAUUACACAACUACCCAAGUUGUCCGUUCUGAAUAUCAGCUGGAAUUCUCUCAACGGCUCAAUACCACCUUCAGUUUCACACAUGCGGAGUCUUAUUAACAUGAACUUACAAGGCAACAAGCUCAGCGGUUCCAUUCCCGUCGGUAUUGCCUCCAUGAAUUCUCUGAUGGAACUCCAACUUGGAGAAAAUCAAUUAAGUGGUGACAUUCCAAGAAUGCCGGCGAAUUUACAGAUUGCUUUGAAUCUCAGCAGCAAUCUUUUUCAAGGACCUAUUCCGGAAACUCUUUCGAUGCUCAGUGGAUUAGAAAUUGUGGAUCUCUCAAAUAACAAAUUCUCAGGAAAGAUACCUGAUUUUUUUACUGGAAUGGGAGCCUUGACACAGUUGUUACUAUCUAACAAUGAGCUCUCUGGAGAAAUUCCGGAUUUCGCUUCUUGGGUCAUGGUCGACACAAGUGGGAACAAGGGUUUGACUAACAGAACAACAAGAAGCACUCCAACCCAAACGGAGAAGAAAAAUUCAUAUGCAGUGACAAUUGUUCUUGCAGUUGUAGCAGCGGUGGUUGCUUUUGGAGCAGUCACCACUGUUGCCUUAUCACUAUUGAGACAGAAUGACAGGGUUAAUGAUGAACGAGUUCAAACAGGGGAAGAACUUGCUGUGCCUGAGGUCCUCCAGGGAAAUCUCUUAACUGCAAAUGGUAUUCAUAGAUCAAACAUCGUUUUCACUAGAGCGAUGGAAGUAGUUUCUGACCGAUCAAACAUUGUGCUGAAGACUAGGUUUUCAACUUACUACAAAGCCAUCAUGCCAUCUGGAGCAAUCUACUUUGUCAAGAAGCUCAACUUGAGUGACAAGAUAUUCCAACUGGGCAGCCACGAGAGGUUCGCCAAAGAUUUAGAGGUCUUUGGGAAACUAAGCAAUUCCAAUGUCAUGAAUCCGCUGGCCUAUGUCUUGACUAUUGACAGUGCUUAUCUGUUCUAUGAAUUUGCUCCAAAAGGAACCCUUUUUGAUGCUCUUCAUGGUAUCUCGGGUGAUGACAUGGAUUGGGGGAGCAGAUAUGGUAUUGCAGUCGGAGUAGCGCAGGGUCUUUCUUUUCUUCAUGGGUGCACUCCAAGUCCAAUACUCCUUCUUGACCUGUCAAACCGAAGCAUUUUGCUCAAGUCCCUCAAGGAGCCUUUGAUUGGAGAAGUUGAGCUCUUGAAGGUGACUGAUCCGUCAAAGAGCACCGGUAACCUUUCUACUAUUGCUGGUUCUGUUGGCUACAUUCCUCCAGAGUAUGCAUACACUAUGAGGGUAACAAUGGCCGGCAAUAUCUAUAGCUUCGGGGUCAUUCUGCUGGAGUUGCUGACGGGAAAGCAAGCAGUUAGCGAGGGCAUUGAGUUGGCCAAGUGGGUCUUGAGUAACUCAGCGCAGCAAGAUAACAGGGAUCACAUUCUUGAUUAUAGUAUCAGCAGAACAUCAAUUGCCGUCCGAAGCCAGAUGCUUGCAGUCCUGAAAAUUGCUCUCGCUUGUGUUAGUGUAUCACCCGAAGCAAGGCCAAGAAUGAAGAGUGUGCUUAGGAUGCUCCUCAAUGCAAGAUAAAGUAACACGGCAUGAUUCAAACUCGAUGUAAAAAACCAGUUCCACGCAUAAGAUGGGAUGAAACCCCAAGUUUUGGUCAGUUCCUACGACUAGAAUAUGUUUGUGUAGUUAAAGCGUAUCUUGCCAUAGAAGAUAGGGCAACUAUAAGAAGUAAUGUAAAAUGUAGAAAGUAUACAUACUGAACUAGAUUAUAUUUGAGCUUUACCACUUACACAAGAUAGCCAAAGCUUGUACUACUGCUUCCGACAGAGCGCCAAGUGCAAUAUUUAUUGAAAAUAGACAUGUUACGUAUGAAUUCCUAAAACAUUUUCGAAAUGGAUUUCAGUUGCAAUACUUCUGUAUCAUGAACACGCUUAAAGUUACAAAUUUGAUUUCAUUCAACCCGUAUGCUACAACCUCAACAACGAGUUUCUUGCAAUAGCCAACCCUAAA